UGAACAAUCUGCCAUCAAUAGUAGUUGAAAUCUUGAGAAUUUCUUAUUCUUUAUGCUGCCAUUGGCGCUCGUGUCGUGUUUCGCUGCUGGCGUUCUAAUGUAAGUUGCUACCGAAAACGAGGCUUUGGUACCGGAGCGGACAUUCACUCAUCACAGACGUGUGAAGUUUGUAGAACGACAUUUCUACAACUGAGCUCUUCGAAGUAACAUUGUCAUCUAGCGCAGUUUACAUAUGUAAACAGUGACGUACGUUCGUAGCAGAAGAAAACUCAAGAACUUUGUAGAUAUGGUUUCGGGAGUGCUUCAAGAACUCUUGGAAAAGGCUCACGAAGCUAAAAAGAAUUCGUACUCACCGUACUCUAAGGUAACUGUUGGGGCAGCUGUUCUGACAGAAUGCGGAAGGAUUUUUUCAGGGACGAAUGUUGAGUGCGCAAGUUACGGGCUAGGUGUUUGCGCUGAAAGGGGCCUAUUGACGCACGCUGCUUCUCUAGGAUUUCGUCGUUUCAAGGCCAUCGCUGUGGUCUCAAACCUCCCUGAGAUAUCACCGUGCGGCGCGUGCCGACAGUUCAUCGCUGAAUUUGGCUACGAUAUCGAAAUUUAUAUGGAGUGUCCUGGUGACAGUAUCUGUAAAGUACGAAAGAAAACUAUAGCCGAGUUAUUGCCCCUUGCGUUUUUACCUUCGACUAUUGCCAAAUAAGCCUUCCUUGGAAAAAUUGGAAAUUGCAUAUUAAUAGUAAACAAGAAGCUUUCCAAGUUUCCUCCUAUAUGUUGAAUUUACUUGAAACAGGCUGAAAAUAAAUCUGUCUAUCUCAAAAAAACUAGA